AUGUUACGAUUCCUCGCUAAAGUGUCAAAAGAAAAGAUUAGUGAUUUGAAAGGGUUCUCAAAAGAAUUGAUCGUGAAGCAUUAUCAUGAAAAAUCAUUUCAUGCAAGUGUUCGCUACACUUGGAAUAAGAUGAGACGACGAUACUGGAUCCGGCACGGACGAGUGUAUAUUAAGAAAAUCUUGAGAAAGAUUUGUAAAGGUUGUGCUAUGUGGGUGGCUACGCCAUUUGAACAACCAGACUUUCCUCCACUGCUAGAAUUCCAGGACCGUUUGAAACAAGGAUUCAUAAGUCGAAGAAAACAACCGAAACACAUAAUUUCGGACAAUGCUAAGAAUCUUAUAGCAGCUUCAAAGGUAAUUGUAGAACUAAACAGAAUGGAAAGUGGAACUAUGGAAUGGGAAUUCAUUACUCCAGGCGCUCCUUGGCAGGGCUGCAUUUGUGAAAGAAUUGGGGGGAGUAGUUAA